CUAGUAAGAGCGAGUAAGAAGUUUUUGCGUUCAGUUCAAUUUCCGCUUGUAAUCUUCAGCGCAGCGGUGGAGCAUGUAAACGGAGGAGGUGAGCUGAGACAUGGAUGGUGAGAGGAAGAGUGUAGCAGUGGCUCUGCUCUGUGCUGCCGGUGUCAGUGUUUUGCUGCUGAAAUGGAGAGAACAACAGAAGGUGAAGAGGAAACUGCAGAGAGCCAGAGAGAAGAGAGAGAAGGAGGUCGGACAGGCAGAGAAAGCUGUCAACCGCUUUAAGACUCAGAACGCUGGUGUUGAUUUGAGCUCCAUCGUGACUCUCCCACUGGCUGAACUGAGUCAGAAGAUCAGAGGAGGAUCUCUACAACCUGACGCUGUGCUCCAUGCCUACAUAGAGAAGGCUCUGGAGGUGAACAGGGAACUGAACUGUAGCACAGCUGUCCUCAUGGAGAGCUUGAAACAACUGGAAGAAGUCGAGUCCCACAAAGAAGGCCUUCUCUACGGCAUUCCAGUCAGCAUCAAGGACAACGUGGAUUAUAAGGGCUACGACUCUACCUGUGGUGUACUGACUAAGCUUGAUGAUCCUGUCAUUAAGGACAGUGUGGUGGUUUCGGUGCUGAAGAAACAGGGUGCAAUCCCCUUCAUCAAAACUAACAUCCCUCAGGGUCUCCUCAACUAUGAAUGCAGUAACCCCAUAUACGGGAGGACGGUGAACCCCUGCAACCUGCAGAAGACCUGUGGAGGCUCUUCAGGAGGUGAAGGCGCUCUGAUCGCUGGAGGAGGAUCUAUUCUGGGGCUGGGAACCGACAUCGGAGGAAGCAUCCGCAUCCCAGCAUCCUUCUGUGGCAUCUGCGGCUUAAAACCCACAAACAACAGGAUAAGUUUGCAUGGUGUCAACUCCUGUGCAAAAGGCGGGAAAACGGCUCUGUCAGCUGUUGGUCCCAUGGCCCGUGAUGUGGAGAGUCUGGCUCUGUGUAUGAGAGCUUUACUUUGCACCGACAUGUUCACUCUGGACCCUACGGUUCCUCCGAUACCGUUCAACCAGCAGGUAUACGAGAGCUCGGAGCCCCUGAGGAUCGGUUACUAUGAGAACGACGGGUACUUUCAGCCGUCUCCGAGCAUGAGCAGAGCUCUACGAGAGACCAGAGAGCUCCUGGAACAAGCAGGACACACGCUGGUUGCGUUUAACCCUCCCCGGACAUUCACUGCUUUCCAUGAGUUAGUUCUGAGGGGAAACCUUGCGGACGCUGGUGCUACACUCCUACAGCACUUUAAAGAAGGCCCGGUCGAUCAGUGUCUGAAGUAUCAGGUGUCAUUCUGUGCUGUUCCUGUGUUUGUGAAGAAGUUGAUCUCACUGCUCCUCAGACCCAUCUAUCCACGCAUGGCUGCAGCAAUACACAGCAUCUGUGGAGUCAGCAGUGUAGCAGAUCUGUGGAAGCAACACUCAGAGGCUGAGGGUUAUAUCCAGGAGACGUUGGCUCAGUGGGAGAAGCUGGAGCUGGAUGUUCUGCUCUGCCCCAUGCUGGGACCAGCUUAUAACUUCAACUACACCGGAAAACAAAGCAGUGCUCUGACUUACACAGCUUUGUACAACGUGCUCAACUUCCCUGUUGGAGUCGUUCCUGUCACCGAAGUCACGGAUGAGGAUGAAGAACAGCUAAAACACUACACCGGGAACUACGGCGACCUCUGGGACAAGACCUUUAUCAAGGCCAUACGAGGCGGUGUGGGUCUGCCAGUAGCAGUGCAGUGUGUGGCUCGACCCUGGCAGGAAGAGAUGUGUUUACGGCUUAUGAGAGAAGUGGAAAAGCUCUGUGCUAAGAACAAGCACUCAAAAACACACCACUUCCCCUUUUCCACCGAGGCAGUUUGAGUGCUGGUUCGGAGCCUAAUUUAGAACCAGUUCUUUCUUUUUCGACAGCCAAAGCACCGGCUCUGAACCAGGAAAAGUGGUUCUUAAGAAGCACCAAAACGUUGCUGGUCUAGACUUAAGAACCGCUUGUGUCAGGGGCUGUGGGCGGAGCUGUGGGCGGGGCUACUGUUAGCGCAUUUGUAAAUGUACCUUAAGUAGGGGCUGGGGGCGGGGCUGCUGUUAGCGCAUUUGAUAAUGUACCUUAAGUAUACUAAUGUUUAACACACUUUUACUUUACCGCAAUAUGAUACAUUAUCAGCACACAUGAUAGUAAGUAGCUACAUGCUAAGGCUAACUUUUUUCUGUGUUAAUGAUAAAAUAACGUUAUGUACUUUCUCGAUUACAACCUCCGUUUAUACAGAUUACAUGGAGCUGCACGUACACGUUGCAUUCGCCGCGUUUGGGUGUUAAUGUAGGUUCACAAAGCAAUAAGCAUUAACAGUAAAGCAACAUCUGCCAUUGUUGUGUUUGUGUUUGCUGCUGCUGCGCUAACGUUGCUGUGUAACGUGACACGUGUAGACUCGGCUCUGUGACGGCUCUCUAGCCAGUGGAAAGGCAAACCGGUUCUUAGAAGGUUCACCAGUGGAACCAACUUUGAACCAGCACCAGUGCUAGCUCUGAACCAGCACCCAGUUCUUUUUGGUGGAAAAGGGGCAAAGGGUCUUGGUCAAGGGCCUGUUGGCAGUUUGGCAGCACUGGGGCACAAAACUCUGACCAGUAACUCAGAUCCUUAACCUAUGACCCACCACCAACCCUAAGUGUAGUCAACAUUGUGGUGUUAUCAUCUGUGAAGCUAUAUCUGCUUUACUUGUUAAAAAUAAAUAAAUAAAAACUGACACUUGCAUAAACUAAAGUCUUUUUACAAAAAAAAAAAUCAUAACAUUUAUCCAGUUUUCUUUCAUGAUUAUGAUGUAUUUAACUGAUUAUUUGAUCGUGUAGUUCACCCUUUAUACAGUCCAUGUAAAUGAGCUGUUAUCAUAGAACAUAACAUAUGCAUUAAUAUAAACCUGUCAUUGUUGUUAAAGACAGAACAACCGCUGGAGAUGCUGUUGUAGAAUGAUCGUUUAAUAUGGUGUAACAAAUUCCAGUACAGAGCUGUUGGUGUAAAUGGUGUGUGUUUGAUGGUCAAACACCUUUUCUUUUAUUCCUUUAACGAUCCUGAUUAGCAGAUCAGAACAAAUAAAAUUUAACCCUUUGAGUCAUUUCUUUGUUUAUUCAUCCAUGAAUAUUCACUACGAAUAUUGCUUUUUUUUGUGAUAUUUUAAUCAAGCCAUGUAUAAAUAUCCUGAAAAAAUUCUCCUUAAUGUCUCUAAAGCAUUAAAACAAGCUUAUAUUUAACAGCUCAUGGUGAAUAGUUUUUCUUUUAGUUUUGCACGUUAAACGGGAACUAACUUGAAGUAGCAAGUAACGUGAACUGAGGGCUGAAAAAUCGUUUGUUUUACAGCAUCAUAAUUCCUACACAACUGAGAAAAUUUAUUGAAAUAUCACUUAAGUUCAUUUGCUGCGAUCACAAAAACAAAUAUUUGGAGAUGGAUAUUAGAAAAAAAUAUAACAGAUAUUUCAGUAAAAUCAUGUGUAAAUGUUUCAUAUGAACAGAAGUGACUCGUGUGAUGAAACCAAAAUGCAGAUGUUAAUAAAUGCCAAUCAACAUG